AUGACAGUUACUCCUGAGGACUGUUAUCGGAUUCUACGGAUUCCAGUGAUUGGGGCAUUAUUGCCAUAUGAGAAGACAGAGGAGGAUGGGACAAAGGCUCUUCGUCGAAUAUUCCAUGAUGAUCAUGAGGACAUAGAUGAUCAAGACAAUGAUGUAGGAGAGCAGGAGGCUGGUAGUGAUGGAGAUGAUCCUAAUGCAAGAGAGGGAUAUAAGGAUGGUGAUGAUGAGGAUGAUGGAGAGGAGGAGGAGGAUGAGAAGGAUGAGGAGGACGAGUCAAAUGCAGUUCCACAUCACUCUAGAGAUGACACCAUUUUCCUAGAUCCAUCGAGCAUUCCAUCUCGAGGGGUGAAGAACCCUAUAAGGGGUCGUGAUUCCAGUCCCCACUGUCCUGUGCCCACCGUACAAAGGCAUUAUGAGCGCAGAGAGCCUAGUGGGUCCUAG